UUGGGAGUUAAGCUAGGACACGAUGCCUCGGACGAUGGUAUCCCGCGCUCUCCUGCUCGCCGCCGUCGUCCUGACGGCCCAGCUGUGCGCGUGCACGGCGUACGCCGUCAGCGGAGGCGAUGGGUUUAGCGUGGAGUUCAUCCACCGUGACUCGGUCAGGUCGCCGUUCCACGACCCGACGCUCACCGCGCCUGCCCGCGUGCUCGAGGCCGUGCGGCGGUCCGCGGCUCGCGCCGCGGCGCUCUCGCGCUACUACGUCCGCGUCGACGCGCCCUCAGCUGACGGCGGCGUCGUGUCCGAGGUCACGUCCAGGUCGUCCGAAUACCUGAUGGCCGUGAACAUAGGCACGCCGCCCACUCCUAUGGUCGCCAUCGCCGACACCGGCAGCGACCUCAUCUGGCUCAAUUGCAGCUAAGGAGGCGACGGUCCUGGUCUGGCGGCCGCCCGUGACGCGGACGCGCAGUCGCCGGGCGUCCAGUUCGACCCCUCCAAAUCGACGACGUUCAGCCUCGUGGACUGUGACUCCGGCGCGUGCGGCGAGCUGCCCGACGCAGCCUGUGGCACCGACUCCAAGUGCAGGUACUCAUACUCCUACGGCGACGGCUCCCACACAAGCGGCCUCCUCUCCACAGAGACCUUCACCUUCGCCGACGCCCCGG